UGCACGUAAAAACAGGAGUAGAUAGAUAGAGAGAAGUAAAAGCAAGAAAAUAUAGGUCGAGAUUUGUAAAAGGGAUAAAGAGAAAGAGAAAACUAGGGAUCCAAAUCCAAAUCCAAAUCCAAAGAUGGUUUAUGAUCAGUAUUGGCUUGAUGGAGUCAUAGCUUUAUUGCUGGGGUUUGUGUUCUUGUAUGUUUACAGAGGAAAGAAGAUGAGUAACAAAGCUAAAUCAAUGGAGUUAAACAGAAAUGGGUUUGUAAAGACAUCAUCAAACGGCACCGUUUCUCAUUCUGAUAUGGCAAACGAAGGUACAGAUGUCAUCAUCGUUGGAGCUGGAGUUGCCGGUGCAGCUCUUGCUUACACCCUUGCCAAGGAUGGAAGAAGAGUUCAUGUGAUUGAAAGGGACUUGAAUGAGCCAGAUAGAAUUGUUGGUGAGCUACUUCAACCAGGAGGGUAUCUAAAAUUGAUAGAGUUGGGUCUUGAAGAUUGUGUGAAAGAGAUCGACGCUCAAAGAGUUUUUGGCUAUGCUCUUUACAAAGAUGGGAAAAGCACGAAACUUUCUUAUCCUUUAGAAAAAUUCCAUUCUGAUGUGGCUGGCAGAAGCUUUCACAAUGGAAGAUUCAUACAAAGAAUGCGUGAAAAGGCUUCAUCUCUUUCCAAUGUGAGAUUAGAACAAGGAUCAGUAACUUCUCUACUUGAAGAAAAGGGAACAAUCAAAGGUGUUCAAUACAAAAACAAGGCUGGUCAAGAGCUGACUUCUCAUGCUCCUCUGACUAUAGUAUGUGAUGGUUGUUUCUCAAAUCUAAGACGCUCUCUUUGCAAGCCACAGGUUGAGAUUCCCUCCUCUUUUGUUGGUUUGGUAUUAGAAAACUGUGAUCUUCCAUUUGCCAAUCAUGGCCAUGUGAUCUUGGCAGACCCUUCUCCAAUCCUGUUUUACCCUAUCAGCAGCACCGAAAUUCGGUGUCUAGUUGAUGUGCCUGGCCAAAAAGUUCCUUCUGUGGCCAAUGGUGAAAUGGCUACUUAUUUGAAAAGUGUAGUGGCUCCUCAGAUUCCCCCAGAGUUGAAUGCUUCUUUCAUAGCUGCAAUUGACAAAGGAAACAUCAGAACCAUGACAAAUAGAAGCAUGCCUGCCUCUCCUUCUCCUACUCCCGGUGCAUUGUUGAUGGGGGAUGCGUUCAACAUGCGCCACCCUUUGACUGGUGGGGGAAUGACUGUUGCUCUCUCGGACAUUGUUGUUUUAAGGGACCUUCUUAGGCCACUCCAUGAUCUCCAUGACUCAUCCGCACUAUGCAAAUACCUUGAAUCCUUUUACACUCUUCGUAAGCCGGUAGCAUCUACCAUAAACACAUUGGCUGGUGCCUUGUACAAAGUGUUUUGUGCCUCCCCUGACCCUGCAAGGAAAGAGAUGCGUGAUGCUUGUUUUGACUAUCUGAGUCUUGGUGGAAUUUGCACAAAUGGACCAGUAGCUCUGCUCUCUGGUCUCAACCCUCGUCCAUUGAGCUUGGUUCUCCAUUUUUUUGCUGUUGCUGUCUACGGUGUUGGACGCUUGUUGAUUCCAUUCCCUUCGCCACAACGAAUGUGGAUCGGCGCCAGACUGAUUUCGGGUGCAACAGGUAUAAUUUUUCCCAUUAUAAAGGCAGAAGGAGUCAGACAAAUGUUCUUUCCAAUUACUGUGCCAGCAUAUUACAUAGCUCCUCCUGUUCACUGAGGAAAUAUAAACACCAAAUUCAGAAGUGUAACAUGUAAAACCAGAGGUUGUCAUAGGUGUAAUUUACUUGUCACACAAGUUAGUUGUAGGAAUCAACAUUGGUUCUCCCUUUGCAAAAUGAAAAAUAAGGUGGGGAUCAAUGUUUCACUUGGGCCAAAAAAAUAUGCCCAUGAUUUUAUAUUUUAUUUAUCUUAAAAGUUUAUUGUAAGGACCUUAUAGAGAAUGGAUAUUUCACAACCCUUAACUAAAUGAAUCAAUAUAUGUCCUAUCAAAUUUUAUUUA